GUUUUUUUCAUUGAACUCAGUUAUAAAUACUAGCCAAUCAGUUGGGUUACCAUCAAAGGUAAGUAAUGAUCUAUCUAUAACUUAUCUUUAUAUUAAAUAUUCUCAUGCAGCCAUAAAAACACGUAAAGAAAUCAGUUCGGUCGCCGAGCCAUGUAAAACUAGGAAGAAGGUACAAAUUUUAUGAUUGAUUCUAGUAUUAUUUGAUACAUAUGCAGGAUGCCAGAGUGACACUCUUGGGCAACUUAUCGAUGGUCCAAAUGGGGUCAAAAAACAGAAAACCCCCAUUGUAUUGCGAGUGAAAGGAAGUUGGGUGACUAAAUUAAAUAUUUGUGGUUUAUUAAAUGUUUAUUAUGUUUAUGUGGUGUGCUAAAAGUUGUGGAAUAAAAGGGAAAACAAGAUAUGAUAGAUGGCGAAGAAUCAAAGAUAGUGCAUACGUUUUACAAAGAGAAAAAUAGUAAGAAUUAAAUCUCAUGAAGAAGAUAGGCAGAUAAACUAAAACAUGUAUGAACCCUUUGGUCAUUGAAGACCACAAUAAUGGUAUUUUUAGUGUACACAGUGGCUGUAUUGAAAAUACACAAGUAAAUGUGGAUGAUGCCGUAUGCCUCAGAGAAAAACAACGACAAAAAUUUAAGGAAUCACUGCCAAAAGAAUGUUCCUUUGGAAAAGAAAGUUGUCACUUUGUCAAAUCCCAGAAACAUAUGUUGGUAUAGCAAACAAGUGUCUAUAACACAGAAAAUUUGAUGAACUGUACCCUACCCAACAGUUCAUACUCUAGAAACCCAAGCAAACUCAUUGUUAGCAUUACAUUGUCUCACUGGCUAUGAUACCUCGUCACAAUUUUUGUAGAAUUGUAGAAUUGAAAAGUCUAAAGCUUUACAAGUCAGAUUUGGUAUUGAAGCUAAGCAUUUAGGUUGUGUAGAAUCUUUAAUGCCACAAUAUAUUGCAGAGUACACAAGCUUCAUUGCUCAUUGAUACGACUACAAGAAGACAGUUUACAACAUGUCAGAUGUUCGAUUAAAAGUGAGGUUAUCUAAGAAAAUUCUUUCUAAAAUUAAGAACCUCCCUCCGACAACAGAGGCAUUUAAACUCCAUGUAAAACGAUGCCAUUUCCAUGCUUGCACUUGGAACGCAGAAGCAUCUUCGUUUUCUCCAUCUUUAAAUCCAAUUGAUUAUGGAUGGGCAAAGAAUAAAGCAACACACUCUUUGGUGCCCAUCCAACUUUUAAGUAACAAAAAAUUAACACCACCAAAAUUACUGAAAAGUUUAAGAUGUAGCUGUUCAAGCGAGGAGUCAUGUUCAAUAGCAAGGUGCAGUUGCACACAUGUAGGUCUGCCUUGUAACUAAUUUGGGCAAGCGAAGGCGGACAAUUAUGUGACAGUUUCAAGA